GAGGGUGCCCGGGUGGAUGUCCGACGCUUCAGGGACAACAGGCAGCUCCGAACGUUCACGGUGCCAGCGCUUCGGCGACGAUGGACAGCGCUGCACUUGGCAGCCGCCCGUGGUCACCUGAAGGUUGUCCAAGUGCUCUUGGAGGGCGCAGGGCUGCUGAACUCCGCUCGGCCAUCUUCCCCGGCAGCCGCUGGACAAGAGUUGGAUGGUGUGGCAAUCGGCUUUCGGGACAUCGUUGGGCAAACACCUUUGCACAUCGCCGCACGGCACGGUUAUCCUCUGAUCUGCUGCUUUCUGGCGCACCAUGUGCCAAGCUGGAAAGAUGUGAUGGACAUUAACAACUGCCGGCCAGUGGACGUUGCAUGGUCCGGUGAGGUUAGCGAGGCCAUCUCGAACCCAAGCGAGGAGCUACUCACGCAGGCAGGUGGCGAGCUUGCGAGGGUCCCACUGCUUCCGGGUGCUGCUGCGGUGAGCGGCGAAGAGGCAUGGCCUCAGGUGCAGCUGGCCAUUGCCCGUUCCUCCGCCAAAGAGCAACUUCUGGCACCCGGCCUCUGCUCCUACAUUGCCAGCAGCUGCGGGGGCGCUUUGGGCCGCGUCUUCUUGACCCACGCGGAGCCCAAUGAGUUGGACCAGCACGGAGUCAGCGUUCUGACCGACAUCUCAGAAGGCUCCGAGGUGAGCAGUUCCUUUUCGCUGGCGGCCUUGCCGGUUCUGGAUUCGAACCCGCCAGAUGCCCCAAGCAUGGGAGACCUAUGUCCAGUCAACCCGCAGCAGCAGCCAGUAGAGUGGUGGCUCAAGAUGGCCCAGGAUUCCUCGCCAACUCCGCGCGCGCCCCAGGGGGCCUCUGCCUCGACGUCGCGGGGAUCCAUCUUUGCAAGGCUUCCACCGGAGUCCAUCCUCGGGGAGGGCAGCUAUGGGGUGGUGUGGCGGGCACUGGACCGCCAAACGAAGAAGCUCUACGCCGUGAAGAACAUCCGUCAGAAGCAGAUUCUCGCCUGUGGAGCCUCGACAAACGAGAUCUGA